AUGAGUUCGAGGGCAUUGAAAAGACUAGAAAACCAAAAGGUAGAAGAGAAUAAAGAAUCAGAUCUGGGCUCAGGUGAUUGGGAAAAACAAGGCUUCAUUCAUGAGCCUAAGCUAUCUUUUAACGCUUUCUCUAUUUUAAAUGAUGACGGCGAAGAUGAACAGUCAGGAAGUGAGAGAGAGGAAGUCGAAACAAAGAACUUAUUCAAUACAUCCAAGGAAUCUGAUAGCUUCAAGAAAUCAAAUAGAUCUAAAGGAAAGAACAAGGGUAAGCAUAGAAAACCAAAAAAUACGAAGAAAAAAGGUGAUAGCGAUAGCGACGAGGAAUUUCUCAAAAAUUUGAUUGAAGCAAGAGAGAAGGAUGACAAUAAGUCAAAGAAUGUAACUAAUAUCAAUGCCUCCUCAAAUGACAUGUAUAAUUUUGAAGAGGAGCUUGAUCUGAUUAUUGAGCCUCAGCAGCAUUAUGAUUCAAAUUUCAAGUACUUUACCUCAAAUAGAGCUAAACAGAGCCUUCCCCUAUUGUCAGUUAAAUCCUUAAAAGACUUUGAUCCGGACUCCGAGCUAAAAAAUUUGUUUGGUAACUUGUCAGCUGAAACAAUUGAAGAUGCUAACAGAACCACGUCAUUGUCCAUUUCGCCUAAUGUCCUACUGCAAUAUAAAAAAUUGGCUAAAUUAACUAGAGGAUGGGGUGGAAGAGACCAUAAAAGUGUUCCAGGAACAAGUAGAAAACUUCUUUUAACUAAAAUUAAAGAUGACUGGUUACCCACAUCCCAAAGACCAAUGACGAUGGAGGAAAUAAAGUUUGAUGAACUAGUAAAGUAUUUUCUGUACAAGGAGGACACCUUUGAAAUUAGCGAGAUAGAGUCUAAGAUAGAAAAGGAACUUCAUUUAGGGGUGAAAUAUUUCAAGUUCAAAAGAAAUGAUACUAUUCAAGCUAAAGUGGCAAAUUCAAAAUUUUAUGCAUCCGUCGUGAUGACUCCCGAUCCUGAAUCGCUAAUGACGUUGCUUCAGCAAUAUCCUUAUCAUGCAGAGACGCUCCUUCAAGUUGCUAUGGUUUUGUUGAGAAAUGGGAGUGACAAAGUAGCUAGCCAUGCGCUAACAGAAAAAUGUUUAUUUGUUUUCGACUGGUCAUUUCAUAAGAAUUUCCAUGAGCUUUUGGCUGAGGGAAAAAGUGGCCUCAUUAGAUUGCCUUACGAAGUAUUUUUGAAUAGACAAUUCUAUUUGUGUUUAUUCAGGUACAUCACUAUUUUAGGCGAGCGUUCUACUUAUUUCACAGCAUUUUCAUUUUGCAGGUUUCUCUUAGCGCUCUCUCCCGCGGAAGAUCCAUUAGGAGUUCGAUAUUUCAUUGAUUUUUAUGCCAUUUUGGGAGAACAAUAUGAGUUUUUAAUCAAAUUUGUGGAUUCGCCCCUAAUCACAACUUAUGAUAAAUGGUUCACUCCUGGGUUGGCAUUUUCUCGAUCAUUGGCUUUUCUUUAUUUAAAUGAGAGGGAAAAAGCUUCAGGCGCUUUGAAGACAGCAUUCAUGAAGUAUCCUAUUUUGGCUCUCAAGUUAUUUGAGUCAAUUGGAUCAUCCCGGGAUAUUCAUAUUACAGAAAAAGAUAUUCCUGUAACCGACGAGUCGAUACUUGCCUCCGAAACAUACAUGGUACGUGCCGGAAUGCUAUGGAAAGAUCCCCAGCAUAAGCAGUUUUUGCACGAUGAGUUGAAGAAAUUAUUCGACAACCCUGAUUUAAUGCCCACAAAGAAAGGUAUCGCGUCGUCUUUGGCAUCGUUUUUCGGAGCUCAAAGGCAAGGUCCCCAAAGUGAAGAGAUACCAUAUAAUUUGAUCAGGUUUGCAAUUUUGUCAGGUGAAAGCAAAAUCAUGGCCAAACUUCCAAAGAAAGUUUGGUCUUUCGAAAACUUGUAUGAAUAUGAUGUUUUACCUCCAAAAGAUGCUGGACGUAGUUAUGAUGAAUUUAAUGGUUUGGGAACUAAUGAAAACAGCGUUACAGAUUCUUUACUUGAUCAUAUAGAUCAAGGUGUGAUCGGAUCAAUUCUUGAACGAAGAACUGAAGAGGAUGAUUUUGCGGAAAUAAUACGCCAGUUGCAACUUCAAGAUGCCGAAGACCCAGGAGUGCAUCAAGGUUAA